CUGACUCGACCUAUAAAUACCCGUAACAAAGGCGAAUCAGUUGUCAGUGAAAACUCAAACAUCGUCAAUUUACUAGUUUCGGUGCAAGUUACCUACAGCUGAAUUUGGGUUGAAAUUUCAUUUGGAAAGAAGAUCAAAAUCGAUGCCAACAUGAUAGUUUUCAAUUCAUUUUGGAUAUUCGUUUUAUUGGUCGUGAUACAUACGGACGCAAUCGAUGAUAAUGCGUGGGAAAAGUUCAAAAAUGAAUACAACAGAAAAUAUUCGGAGAGAGAAGACCAACAACGUAAAGGAAUUUUCGAAAAAAAUUCCCAACUAAUCGAGGAUCACAACAAGCAAAACCAUGCAUUUACGUUAAAAAUUAAUCAAUUUGGAGAUUGGACUCACGAGGAGUUCAUAAAAUACAUAGGCCAAUCUUACACGCUGGAGACUCCGGAAAAUCAAAAUUACCUGGAUAAUAGUCCAACAGAUGAAGCUUUAUUACUCAACAAAAUCAACACAGCAAUCGAUUUACGAGAAAAAGGAUGGGUAAGUGAGGUCAAAGAUCAAGGUGAAAAGAGUGUAUCCGGAUGGGCUUUCAGUAUGACUGGUGCUAUCGAGGGACAAAUAUUCAAAACUCAGGAAAAAUGUCCACAACAACCGGUACAAAGCCUUAGUGAACAAUUUUUAAUAGAUUGUUACGACCAAAAAAAUGAAGUAAAAGUAGAAUUCAAAAAUGUACUCAGUUUUGUAAAAAACCGUGGUAUUUAUACGGAAAAAUUAUACAAUUUGGUAAAACAAUUGAACGUCACAUGUCCUGAAGAAAAUUAUCCUAUAGAAGUAUCAGUACUUUUCAAUGAUCUGACAACUAAGGAAGCAAGUGAAACGAAAAUCAAAAAAGAACUAUACGGAUCCGAAAAUUCUGUUCCAGCUACAGUUGAUGCCUCACAUCAAAGUUUUCAAUUUUAUCAUACAGGAAUAUACAACGAGCAAAAGUGCAGCACCAAAAGUCAAAUUGCAAGUCAAGCUGUUUUGAUAGUCGGAUAUAAUGAAAUGGAUAGUAACGCUAAGCACUGGCUGGUGAAGAAUUCAUUGGGAAAAACUUGGGGAGAAGAAGGCUACAUGAAAAUCGCUUACGGAACUUGCGGAAUUGAAACACAAGCAUGCACAGUAUCAGCUAAACGAAGUUUUUGUGAUUGUAAAGUGAAGUAACUUCGUGAACGUUUUUCGUCAUAUUUUUAAGAAAUUGAGUUGUUCAUGUUGAUUUUUAUUGUUUUUUAGGCAAAAUAAGACCAGCAAAGUUUUAAUUUUUUUAUAAAUUAAAUUACUGUAGGUAUGUUUAUUCAGCCAUAGCUAGUUUAAUUCAAGAUUUAACAUUAAUUUUUGUAAUUUCAAUAAUAGAAUCAUUUACAUCAAAUACAGUCAUUUCAAUGUUUU